AUGGAUAUAUCAAUAAGUCAAGGUGGAGCUACAUCGACAGCCGCCAGUGAUACGACCGAUUUUUGUGUUGUAUGCGGCGAUAAAGCAAUUGGGAAGCAUUAUGGUGCUGUGGCUUGUAACGGAUGCAAAGGAUUCUUCCGUAGAAGCGUUUGGCAAAAUCUGCAGUAUACAUGUCGAUUCAGCAAGCAAUGUAACAUCGAUAAGGAUCAUCGAAAUGCAUGCCGAUAUUGCCGUUUUCAAAAAUGUCUAGCAGACGGAAUGAAACCGGAAGCAAUCCAGAAUGAACGGGAUCGUAUUGGUAGCACAAAACGAAGUCGUAAAAGAAGCCUUCCAGCUCAUCUACAACCAACAUCAACCAGUGGAGAUGGUAACAGUGAUUCCGAUGAUGCGCCAUCCUCAACGCGUAUUGAGCGACGCUACAGCGACGAUGAAGCAACGACAGCAGCAUCACGUCGUCUUGUAGAAAUGAUUGUGGAUAUUGAAAGUAGACUUCAAGGAAAUCAGAAUAUCAAUAAUAUUCUUGGUGGCGAGGGUCAAGAGAAUAAUAAUUCCCGGCAAAGAAGUGUAUCGCUAAUGAUCGGUUGGGCCAAUCUUCUACAUCCGAUUCCCGAAUUGCCAUUCGCUGAUAAGGUAUUACUACUGAAACAUUGCUCACCAGCAUUCUCACUCCUACAUACCGUUCAGCGUUCGCUUCCAUCUACUCAUAUCGUACUUCCUAAUGAUACAGUCCUAACCCUUACACCCUUUCAUUAUCCUGAUCUCGUUGCUGCUGUAAGUCGGAUCUUGGAUGAACUUUUGACUCCUCUUCGUCGUAUAAAUGUUGAGAAGGCAGAAGUUUCGGCACUAAAAGCUUUGGUAUUGUUGCAUCCAGAUGUGGCAGGCUUAACUAUUAUGUCACGUGAGAAGUUACGCGAGGCACGUGACGGCGUACUGCGUGCCUUGUUCACCUACCUUAAGCAGACUUUAUCAACUGGCGAUACUUCGGUACGACUCAGCAAUUUACUCCUCAUUAUCCCCUCCUUAUAUUCUGUCGCACAAACACUUGCACAGAACAAUCAACUUGGUAUCAUUUUCGGACUGACCGACCAAAGUCCUCCGUCAAAUAAACACGUCACUGGCAUGAGCGAUUGUAUUGAUGAGCAUCGUGAUGUAAAGAAAGAUCUGAACAAUUUAUCAAAAGAGGGUAGCAAUGUUUUGUUCACCAAAACACCAACUUUGCUUACCAAUUUAAUAACGAGCCAAGCCAUUUCCACUCAUAACUUGCAGACCACAGCAACGCUAACAAAUCCAGUUACUCUACCGCUACUGACAUCAUCAACGUUACCGUUGCAAAUGAAAAUGUUCAUGACCUAAAAGCAG